UGUCUCUCCACUGCUUGGUCAGCGAAGUUUGUCGUCAACGAAGAACGACGGAAUGCGAAUGUUCACUCCACUCGUUAAUUCAUACAUUUCUAUUAAUAUCGGUCGAUUAAAGGUUGGCUUGUUUGGCAAGCUCAACAUUUGCGGCAGCCGGGGCCGAUCGCCCUCUUGAUCCGUUGAUCGUCGUGUCAGAUUUAAUCUUGUUUACGUGUUUUUGCUUUAGCAGGAGAGCUAACGACGUUAGCCAGCUAGCUUAGCUAGCGAACCACUGCCCAAGCGUUAGCUCUCAACGCCAACUGGUCUGUGACGAAAUGGCGGCCAACACGACCCAAGCGAACCCAACAACAAACUGGUCCUACGGUGGUGCUGCAGAUGGCCAGAUUCACGAGAACCCAGAAUGGGAGAAGGCAAGACAAGCACUAGCGUCUAUUAACAAGAGUCAGAGCUCUGCUAAGGCAGCACAAGCCAACCGGACAGCCACAGUAGAGCCUGGCCAGUUUCAGCCAGUGGUGACUGACUCUGCUGCAAUUCAGCCGCAACAGCAGCAGCAACAACAACCGUACUAUCCUUGGUAUCAACAAACUCAGCAAUACCCUGGAUACACAUACCCCUAUAAUUACUACUACCCCAUGAAUCCAUAUGGAGCAGCAUAUCCAUCAAAUCAGUAUGGUGCACCCCAAGGGCCUUACCUGGGAACCUCCACCUCUAAUGGACAGCCUCCUCCAGUGCCGGGAAUGGAAGACCAGUCCACUGGCUACCCGUCGCAAUCACAACCUCCUCUCCCUGCCACGCCCCAGGCCCCCCAGAGUCCAACCACCUCAGAGAAACCCCCUCCACCCCCACAGAUCCCUCCCCCACCCAACUCCCAGUACCCCCCAUCUCCAUCACAAAAUACCUACAGUGCAAAUAGCUCCAUGCAAUACCCUCCCAGUGACUCCAACCAAAUGCCAGUCUACAACCAUUCCCAGGGAAGGCCCAACUAUGGACAGGGCUUCCAGCCACAGAACAACUAUCAGUCCUCUCAGAGUAACUCGCAGCAGCAGCAGCAGGGCCAGUAUGCACCAGGGCUUGGCAGAGGAGAGGCAAACAAAACCAAAAACCAAAAACAAGGACAGCAACUUUGGCACCGGAUGAAACAGGCCCCUGGAGCAGCUUCAGUAAAGUUCAAUAUUCACAAGAGGCCCUAUUCGGUUCAAGGGGCUCCAAUGUCAAAUCAGACUUUCCCGCCAGGCGAGCAGCCGUCGGGAAUGAAUCCAACUCCUUCCUCGCCUUCUGCUUCUGCCAGUGCUGCACCCGGAGGGGCUCAGACGCGACCCCAGGACUGGCCCCAAGCCAUGAAGGAAUAUGUGCAGCGCUGUUUUACAGCCUGUGAGACGGAGGAAGACAAAGAUCGUACCGAGAAGGUCCUGAAGGAAGUUCUGCAGGACCGGCUGAAGGAUGGCUCUGCUUACACUAUUGAUUGGACUCGUGAACCAUUGCCAGAACUCAAGAUGAAGCAAUCGCGUUGGGAAGCUGUUCAAUCCCAGAGGAGCGUGGAUGGUUCAGUUGGCCACGGUGGAGGUGCUUUAGCUGCAUCUCCAAGAGGCCGAGGUACUGCACACCGAUUGGGCCACUACCGGAAUAUAUUUUCUCAGAGGAGUCCAUCUUCGAGUUCCUCCCGCUCCUCCUCUCGCUCUCCAUCCCCGUCCCACGGCCGACACCGAGACCGCAGCAACCAGAGGCACAAACGCAGUGAUUCUGGCUCCCAGUCAGACAGCAGCAUCUCUAGCGACCUCCGGCCUCAGCUCUCACGUCGAAAUCAGAGAGGCGCACGCGGCCGUGGUAAUGACAGGGAUAGAGGUCGAGGGGAGAGAGGACGGGGAAGAGGAGGAAAAUCCAACAGAGGAAGGAGAAACAUGGACGAUUCCAAUGCAGCUGUUGGAAAGAAGAGGAAAGGUGGCAAUGCUGGUCUGGAUUUCCAUGACCCUAACAGAGAAGCCAAGAAGCAGAGCCGAGCCGCUCGUUUCCACAAGCAGCUCCGCUCAGAGCCCCUGGUUCUCUCCAUCAAUUCCCUGGACUUGCCUGAUGGAACACAGGAAGGCCUCAGUUGGGAGGACUGUCCCAUCGUGGGAACAUGCCAGGACAUCACCAAGUCCUACCUGAGGCUCACCUGUGCCCCGGACCCCUCCACCGUGCGCCCUGUGCAUGUCCUGAGAAAAUCUUUGCAGAUUGUGAAAGUCCACUGGAAAACCCACCAGGACUACACCUACGCUUGUGAACAGAUGAAGUCCAUACGACAGGAUCUCACUGUCCAAGGAGUUCGUACCGAGUUCACAGUGGAAGUGUACGAGUGUCACGCACGCAUUGCCCUGGAAAAGGGAGACCACGAAGAGUUUAACCAGUGCCAGACCCAGCUGAAGGCCCUGUACAAGGACAACCCCUCAGAAAACCUCGGAGAGUUUACAGCAUAUAGAUUAAUGUAUUACAUCUUCACUAAGAACUCUGGAGAUCUGACCACCGAGUUGGUUUACUUGACCCCAGCGCUGCGGGCAGAUAGUUGUGUGGCUCAUGCCCUCGCCCUCCGCGCUGCCUGGGCAUUGGGAAACUAUCGCCGAUUCUUCAAGCUGUACCAGGAAGCCCCGCGUAUGGCUUCAUACCUGAUUGACAAGUUUGUAGAGAGGGAAAGAAAGGUUGCACUUCGGGCCAUAGUUAAAACGUUCAGGCCUGACUUGCCGGUGCAGUAUGUGCAGUCCAAUCUGGGCUUCUCUUGUUUAGACUCCUGUAUGGCCUUCCUUACUGGGCUAGGUGUCUCCUUCUACCCUUGUGACCCCCAUAAGAUAGAUUGCAAAGCCAGCUCAACCGCUCUGGCUGCUUCCUGAUGAGGGGAGUAGUGCCAUUAAGGGAGAAUCAUGGAUCCGUAUACAUUCAAUGUAAAGCACUUCAGACACCUAUUCAGAGCGUAGUUGGCAAACUGUAGAAGACACGUUCCAGAAUACUUUGCUGCAAGUUUAAGAUUUCAGAUGCAACUUCUGACACUCGGAUCAAAUUUCACUCCAAUAUUGUAGGUUAGCCUAAUGCCCAACUUAUCUCACUACAUUCAUCAGGCCAGAAAAGUGAACGGUUUAGUGGGAUUAACGUGUAGUAUCAGCAUUUAGAGGCCCAGAAGUCACAGAACCAGAUCAGGAAGGCCCCUCCCCCAACCUCAUGGUUCCUGUUCCUUAACCGCCAUCAGAUGUCAAAGCUAACAGUGUUCUGUUAUGUUUUUUCCUUCCUCAAGUCAACAGCUCUGAAGAUUCAAGCCUUCGCUACAGAACAAGAAAUACAAAGCGCUGUUCCUCAACUCAUUUAUCAACAACAAGCCAACUUUGCACAUGCCCCUUAUAGACUGUGAGCCAACAUGUUGAGAAGAUUCCAGCAGUUUGCCCGAAGGAGGAGGAGGAGGAAGAAGAAGAAGAAGAAGAGGUGGUGGUUUGUAUAUCCUAUCCUGCGCCUGGUUUCCUCAAGGUAUCUGCAGUUAGCUGUGCCUAUUCUGCCCUGUACGGAAAGCAAAUGGCCUUUUUAACGGAGAAAUGGACUGAAGUCUUGGGUCUGCUUCCUGAUUUCGUGAAGCAGUAUCCAUUCACUGGUCAAAUUCAUGAAAUCGUCUGCCAUUUCUGGGUGAGAAGUCAACCUGACGAGCAUUGACUUUUUGCGCGAUAAAGAAUAUAGGCCAGUGUUCUCCAUCAAGGUGACCUCCUCACUCCUCCGCCGCGUCCACGCCGAGCUCCGUCUCCAGAGUCCAAGCGGCCCGAGGCAGAGGGAAUCCGCCUUCUCCGUCCUCUGGUACAAGUCCUCGCUGCGCCUGGAAUCCAGCCGACCCCCGGGGCGACAGGACGGCGCGAUAAUCCCCGUCUGCGCUCCACGUUGGCCGUCUCCACUCCACCAGCUGUUUAGCCAAAGAAACAAUGGCAGCUAAUUUGCCGUCUCUAAAUACAGCUCGAGGUGAAGUCGGGAAUGUCGCAGCACCAGCGGGGAAACCUGCUGCCGCAACACGGAAUAACAAUGAGUGGUUUGUAUGCUACAGCCGGCUGGUAAGCGAGAGGGACUUCUCUGGAAGGAGGUGGAUGGAUGAUGGCACAGCAGAGAUGUUUCCUCACGCUACUUCUGUGUUAAAUGUUAUACGUCUCGAGCAGUAUUUGCCUUGUAAAAUAAUGAUUGAGCUGCACAGCAGAUUUUUUAUCCAGCAGGUUGAUAUUAGACUGGUGAAUUGAGUAGAAAACGUUUGACAAUAUCCCUAAAGUGGCACCACCAACACUGGAAUUUCCUGCACUUAUACUUGUGCAGUCUGAAUAUCGUAUGUGAUAGAAUUUGAAAUUAGACAUUAAUGUUAUAAAGAGAAGUUAAAGUCAAAUGAAGACAAGUGCUUUUAUAUCCAUUUCACAGGAGUAAUGAGAAAAUUAGCAAUUUUAGCCUGACUAAAUAUUCUUGUCCACCAUGAUCAAAAAUUUGAAUGCUUAUUUAAGGCAAUUGUGCAGAAAUUGAACAGAUUGAUAUCAUUCCUCUUAAUUUUCUUUUUUGUAUAUAUACAAACGGUAUUGCCACUGUAGAAACAUUGAGCUUGAGGUAUUUAGAAAUCCCCUGAACCGGAGUGUGUUCAGGUUGGAAAGCUACAUGUUUAUUGCAAAGAAUAUAUUUGUAAAUAUUGUAUCAUACUGCUGUGAUUUCUUUUCAAUUAGGGAGUUAGGGUGAUGUUUUAUUUGACACACGGGUAAGUGUGAUAAAAAAAUUGCUGAACUCAAAAGUUCAACGCAGACAGGUCUGGAUUAGGUUGUGUUCUAUGGCUUCAUCAUUAGUGGAUUUAUUGAUUUCUGCUAGUACAGCCUGAACAUUUUGCACUGGCUUUUAAGUCAGUGUGGUGGGAUAUUGUGCUCAACUUCAAGUGGUAUAAAAUGUUUUGUUAAAUGGUCCCAUUAGACGUGUUGGCAGAUUGUCCCAUGCAAAACUCGCGCACACACACAUAUUUAUAUCUAUCGCUAGAUACAUCUCCAUGACGAUUGGGACACCAUUGCCAAACACAUCAUUUUAAUCCAUAGUGGUAACUCUGCAUCACACUGACUCAAUACGCAUGUCAUUUGUUAGUGAAACUGUUGUUAUUUCAGCAAUCCUUUUGUAACGACCUCAACAUGUUUUCUUUCUUUCCCCUUCACACACCUGGUCCCCUGUCUUCUCUGCUCUUCCCUCCCCUCAGUCCCCAAACCUUUCUCUCACACGCCUCUGGAGCUCGUAGCACUGCGGCAUUGCAGGAGCGCGUGGAGCGAUGAUAAGCGGGCGCCUCGCCUCCGGACGCCAGCCGGAGAGGGUGAAUUGUGAGCAAUCCCAAAUCUUGGUUUGACCCGCUCACUUUGAAGCCUCCCAGCUGAUGAGAUACAUGGGAGCCUUACACCAUGAAAUGUGGAAAAUGUUGCUGCUAACCCAAAUAUUAGAAAUGUCUGUGAUGUGAUACGAUACUUUGCUGUGUGAGGAUUGACAAAGUCCUCCUGUGCUGGUUUCUGUUUGUUCAGAUGCAUUUAUACUUUUUGAAAUUUUCCUUCAACCGUUCGCUGCAAAAAUGUGUCAUUUAAGAUUUCUUUAUUAUCUUUUUUUUUUUUUUUUUACGUAUUUGGGAUUAAUUUGGCUGGUGUUUGUUUUAGUGGACAGAAAAGCUAGAGUUCGUUAGCGUUGCAGUAAACCGUAUAUUUGAUCGACAAUGUGUCUGGACAUACAGAAUAUCUGUUCCUCAAAAUUCACCAACAUUUAGUUUGUUUUUCAAUAUCCUUAGUAUCCAGUUGUCGUUUCUUAUUUGACCGGUGCUGCUGCCGCUCCCAUUCUAAGAGAUGACCUGUUUGCUUUCCAAUGUGAAUUUGCCUAAUCGAUGGUUGUUUGAUGCCUUUUGGUUUGCGUCCGUGUAAGACGUGCACACACCCGGUUAAAGUGUGUGCAUCAGUCAUCUCAGGUUUUCAGCAUUGAUACAGCCAUGGAUAUUCCCCUCACUUUUUAUUUUGUAUUUCUUCGAUUUCACCCACGACGACUAACAGUGCAACUUUUUCAUUUUGGAUGUUUGGUUUUUUUCCCCCUCCGAUGCCUGAGUCAUGUUUUCAGUAUUUUUUUGCUCCCAUGUUGCUGUAUGCCUCCCAUCAGUCUUUGUAGCUCCUUCCUCAAUAUUUACUGGUAGAACUCCCCAUGUCCCGCCCCUCUGCUGUGUUCAUUACCUGUCAUUCAAAUGAGUCUCUUCUCUGUUCUCCCUUUCUCUUAUUUCCCCUCCCUGCAUGCUGCCCCUUUCUGCCCUCUCCUACAGCUCUCUAACCAGUAUUUGUUCUUUUCAUUCUUAUCUUUUCCUCUUGUGUUGAGUGUGUUGGUGGCUGUUUGCUGUGUGCGAUAAGUCACUCUCGCUAGUAAGUAUUAAACAGCGUCUGAACGGCUGGAGUAGUUUAUGUCGCUCACUAACAAACUAAAGCUGAAGGUUUACCUGCAAUGCCUCCUCCCCAUCUACAGAUCUGACACGACAAACUGCCAUUUUGUAAAUACUGUGUGUGUGUGUAUAUAUAUAUUUUUGAAAAAAAAUCUAAUAAACUUAAAGUACAAAAUGCUUA